ACCAUGGCGGAGAGCAAGGGCAAGCCUGCCAAAGCUGCCAACAGGACACCCCCCAAGUCCCCCGGGGACCCGGCCAGAGAGAAGACGGCAAAGCGGCUGUCGCUGGAGUCCGAGGGAGGCGGUGAGGGCGGGGCCGCGGCCCCCUCCGAGCUCAGCGCCCUGGAGGAGGCCUUCCGGCGGUUCGCGGUGCACGGGGACACGCGGGCCAGCGGCAGGGAGAUGCACGGCAAGAACUGGUCCAAACUGUGCAAGGACUGCCACGUGAUCGACGGGAAGAACGUGACGGUCACUGACGUGGACAUCGUCUUCAGCAAGAUCAAGGGGAAGUCUUGUCGGACCAUCACCUUCGAGCAGUUCCAGGAGGCACUGGAGGAGCUGGCCAGGAAGCGGUUCAAGGACAAGAGCAGUGAGGACGCUGUGCGUGAGGUGCACCGACUCAUCGAGGGCCGCUCUCCAGUCAUCUCUGGAGUCACGAAAACCGUGUCCUCACCCACCGUGUCUCGGCUCACAGACACGACCAGGUUCACCGGCUCCCACAAGGAGCGCUUCGACCUGUCGGGCAAGGGCAAGGGCAAGGCCGGCCGUGUGGAUCUGGUGGACCAGUCGGGCUACGUGCCCGGCUACAAGCACGCAGGCACCUAUGACCAGAAGGUGCAGGGAGGGAAGUAG